GGGUAUGUGAAGCGUGCGUCGUGCUAAAUAUAGGUGUAGGCCAAAAACCCAUACAUAUAUUCUGAUGUAUUGAAGGGCAGGUACGCGUUUUGUGGACAGUAAACAUGUUGACAUGUGUUUGUGUGUGUGCGGUGAUUUUGAUCAAAAGUUUGUGAAUGAAUUCCUUGGAGAAUAAAUCUAGGUCACUCAUUGGAGACGACUUUUGACGCUGGUCAAGCACUGCUGAAAAAGGGACAGUUUCAGCGUGGAUCGGAGACGUUUAAUUUUUAUCGAGAAUGCCACUGCAUUCUGCUUUGUAUAUGUAGUGACCUAGUUCAAAACAUUGAAUGGAAUUAACCUUGACAAGUGAAACGAUAUUGAGUGUUUUGACUUUUAUAAACAAACCACACGUGUAUUGAGCAACGCUAGCUGUGUCUUCCUGUGUUUUUGUCAUUACCGUAUAUAUGCGUGUAAAUAGAUAUAUAUAUAUAUAUAAUAACGUUGUGAUUUGACAAACCCUUCGAUGGAAUAUGCACACUUGGCUUAAUUUUGUUUAUAUGACAGCGGGUUUUUAAAUGCACAUUUUGUUAAAAAACACAAUCGCAGACGAUGGAAUUUGAUGCUCAACAGGUAACCCUUGAGUGACCUUUAACCUUUCACGCUCCAGUGGUUGAAAUCGAAGCGUGACGAGAUGACCGGUAACAACACACUGGACACUUCCUGUCGCCACAGUGGACUCUGGAAUGGUGAUAUAUUUUCUGGAUCAGCUCCGAACUUUCCGGAUUGUUUCCAGAAUACGGUUCUGAUUUGGGUACCGUGUGGGUUCCUGCUGCUAUGUAUGCCCGGACAGAUCGCCAGUCUAUGCAAGAAUUACGUUGGGUAUCCUCUACCUCUUGGAGCCAGAAGUGUUAUAAAAAGUUUCUUCUGUGUAGUUCUCGCUGUUCUGACGAGUGUCAUACUUGCUCUAAACUCCACUCAGGGAUAUCACUGUCGUCCAGAGCUUCCGGUUCCGGAAGAGUUUUACAUUGGCGCAGGCGCACUUGUGUUCAUUUUUGUAUAUCUAGCUGUAAUUACACAAGUCCAGAGAAUCAGACACGUCAUCUCGUCCGGAAUUCUAGUCACGUUUUGGAUUCUACUUUUAGCCUGCAGUAGUGUCUCUCUCCAGUCAUCUAUAUCAUACAGGGCGGGUUGUGUGACGAGUAUCCUGUACUACGCUUACUACGCAGUCGUUCUGAUACAGUUGAUACUUUACUCUUUUGCCGACAAACCUUCCCGUCCAUCUUAUACCUUUAUAGGAAAGGCAGAGAAGUCGCCCGAGGAGGAGGCCUCAGUCGUCAGUAGAUGGGUGUUCUGGUGGCUCAACGGCUUGGUGAGGACGGCCUACAAAAGGACUCUGGUCAUCAAGGACAUCUGGGAACAGGUGAACUACCUGAAAUCUGACAACUGUAUACCUGAGCUUGAUGACGUGUGGAGGGAGGCAGUUCACAGACAUACGGUCCAACAGCGCAGAAAACAGCAAAGAAAUAUAUCACAUGUCCACGUGUAUCAAAAUGGGUCUUUCCACUCUGAGUCGACUCCACUGCUAACCAAUCACAGAUCAGAUAACGAUGAUGAUGACAAACAUAUAAGAAAAUCUGACCAAUCACGGCCGUCGUUACUAAGAGUUGUGAUGAGGACCUAUUGGAAGGAGUGGCUUAUGGCAUCCUUUUGUAAAAUCGUUUGUGACGCCUUGUCUCUUCUUCAACCGAUUCUUUUAAGCUUCAUGAUUGAUUUCCUGGAGAAGAAGCACACUGACCCCAGACCUCAGUGGAAUGGCUGGAGUCUGGCCAUCGCUUUCUUUUUCUGUGGGGAGAUUGAGUCCGUGUUCUUCUGUCAGAGCGCAUUCAGGAUGAUGUCUUUAGGACUGAAAAUCAAAGUGGCACUCGUAGGAAUGAUUUACCAAAAGUCUCUAACCAUGAGUAACGCGGCUAAGGGUCAAUACACUAUAGGUGACAUCGUAAACUUAAUGUCCGUGGACUGUCAGCGGAUCCAGGACGCCUUCAUGUUCCAGUACGAGAUCCUCUCCUUCUUCCUUGUCAUGUCCGCCGGUAUUUACCUUAUUUGGAAUCAGAUGGGCGUGGCUACGCUCGGAAGUAUCGCGGUGAUCGUUGUCAUCACGGUGCUUAACAUCAUCUUCGGGAAGCUCCAGCAGAAUUACCAGAGCGUUAUACUGGCGCUCAAGUCGAGCAGAAUUAAACUGCUGAAUGAGGUUCUCAAUGGAAUCAAAGUUUUAAAGAUGUAUGCCUGGGAGCCCUCUUUUACCCGGAAGUUGUUAAACAUCCGAUCACGUGAGAUGGUGUUCCUGAAGAAGGUCUGCGUGGUGACGGCGUUCUCAAUGCUCUUCUCUGUCCACAGUCCGUUCAUGAUGAAUUAUUUUAUUUUACUCAUUUUCACCUUGAUGACGUCAUCAUCUUACCUGAGCGCUAACAAGGUGUUUGUCUCUCUGUCUCUGGUCAACACCUUACGGUUCACCGUCACCAUGGUUCCCUUUGUCAUCACGGGGCUUAUCCAGAUGUUGGUGUCCAUCAAAAGAAUUGAAGAGUUUUUAUGCAAGGAAGAUUUAAAGCCGGAUAAUGUUUCUACGUCAAUUAACACAGGGUAUGCUAUAUCCAUUGAGAAAGGCCACUUUACCUGGAAUCGAAGAAAUCCUAGAAAUACUUUAAACAGGAUAAACCUGAGGGUGGGGGAGGGUAAGCUGGUUGCCGUGGUAGGACAGGUGGGUGCCGGGAAAUCCUCACUCAUAGCCGCCAUGCUGGGGGAAAUGGACAAAGUUCAAGGUCACGUCAACGUCCAGGGCUCGGUGGCGUACGUCCCCCAGGAGGCGUGGAUACAGAACCUGACCGUCAAAGACAACAUCCUGUUCGGCAGCAAGUACGUGGAGAAGAAAUACAGGCGGGUCAUUCAGGCAUGCGCACUUCUACCGGAUCUAGCGAUACUCAGUGCUGGAGAUAACACAGAGAUAGGAGAGCGGGGAAUAAACGUCAGCGGCGGCCAAAAGCAAAGGAUCAGUCUGGCUCGGGCGGUUUACAGCAACUCUGAUGUGUACCUUUUGGACGACCCUUUAUCGGCUGUUGACAGUCACGUGGGCAAAACUCUCUUUAAGGAAGUGAUUGGUCCAGAAGGAUUACUACGUCAUAAGACACGCAUCCUCGUGACGCACGGCGUCCAUUGGCUGCCGAAAGUGGAUCUGAUUGUCGUAAUGGACAACGGGACCAUCUCAGAAGUUGGAAGCUACGAGGAACUGAUGCAAGAAAAAGGGGCGUUCUCACAAUUUUUGGAGGCCUACCUACUACAGGAGGAUGAAGAGGACAGUGAAAGGGAGAACAUAGUUGACAUAGAAAAAAGUGAAGUUGCCCGGAUAAAGGACGACAUGUGGGAACAGCUGGAGUGUGUGUCGGACUACGGCCUGUCAGCAGACGACAGUGACGUAUUAACCCGCCGACAAAGCGCCAGAAAAAUGUCAACCCGUCGGAAAUCUCGUUUUUCAAUCCCAUCCGGUCGAAGAAUGUCAUACCUACAUCCGGUGUCAGAAAGCAGUUCCGAAAACGAGUCAUCUGGACUCCUCCAUCGAUCAAACUCAGCCAGACGCUUGUCUACGCACGACAAAGUCAACUCUCUUCAGAAGCUUCAUCGCUCUCUGUCUGAGGGGCGGAUCCUGCCGUAUGACGCGGGGGCGGAGGAAGAGGAAGACACGGGGCGACUCAUACAGGAAGAAACGUCACAGGAAGGAACGGUGAAGCUAUCGGUGAUAAUCACUUAUAUCAAGGCGAUGGGCGUGGUCGGAUCAUUCCUGUCUAUGCUGUUCGUCCUCUUAUUCCAAGGGUUGAACGCCUUCAGUAAUUUCUGGCUCACUUUUUGGACGGAAGAUGACGUCAUAAAGAACCAGACACUCGUCAAUACACAGGAAUACGCGGACCGGAAGUACUACUAUCUCAUCAUCUACACAAUACUGGGAGUCCUUCAAGGGAUUUUCCUCUUCAUGUUUGCUUACUUGGGACUGACCCGACUCAUCAACGCCUCCGGAUCUCUCCAUUCCUCCAUGCUGUUUUGUAUUUUUUGUUCCCCCAUGGCGUUUUUUGAUACGACCCCCGUCGGUCGGAUCAUGAACCGUUUCUCCAGCGACAUCGACAUCCUUGACGACCGCGUGCCGCGCACCUUCCGGUUGUGGGCCAUCAUGCUGUCUACUCUGCUCGUGAUUUUGGUCGUCAUAUCCGUUAAUACACCGGCGUUCAUGAUCGCCAUAGUCCCCGUAGGAGUCCUCUACUUCAUUAUGUUGAGAUAUUACCUUCCCACGGCCAGACAACUGAAGCGUAUCGAGGGCGUGACCCGGUCCCCGGUGUACAACCACUUCAGUGAGUCUAUAACCGGCGCCAGCUGUAUCCGCGCCUAUAGAGCCGUGGACAGGUUCAUCACCGAGUCCCAGGCCCGAGUGGACAUCAACUCGACGUUCUACCACGCCGCCAACACAGCGUCAUGGUGGAUCGGUAUACGGCUAGAACUAUUGGCCAAUUUCUUGGUUCUGGCGGCCGCCCUCUUCUCCGUGUUUUCAGACACCCUUUCCGGGGCCGGGAUAGGUCUUUCUUUGACGUAUUCGUUACAGGUUGUGAUUGCCCUUAAUCUAGUAGUACAGUCAGUCAGUGAGAUGGAAAUGAACAUUGUGUCGGCGGAGAGAGCGGAGGAAUACACUAGGCUUGCGCCAGAGGCUGAGUGGAUUGAGCCCGGGAGUCGUCCGCCUCUGUCGUGGCCGGAAGUGGGCCGGCUGGUGUUCAAGUCGUACACCACGCGGUACCGCCAGGGGCUGGACCUGGUUCUGAGAGGACUGGACUGUGAGAUCUCAGGGGGAGAAAAGAUAGGCAUUGUUGGAAGGACUGGUGCCGGGAAAUCAUCCGUGACGCUGGCCAUGUUCCGCAUCGUUGAGCCCGCGGGCGGGAAAAUCGAGAUCGAUGAUGUAUCGAUUUCAUCAAUGGGACUCCACGACCUCAGGUCUAAAAUAACCAUACUACCUCAAGAUCCUGUGAUAUUUUCCGGAACACUCCGGUCAAACCUGGAUCCGCUCCAGAGAUUCUCGGAUCAGGAUCUGUGGACGGCCAUAGAGAGGGCACACCUUAAGGACUUUGUCAACAGUUGUGUUGGUAAUCUCCAGUACGAGUGUGGCGAGGGAGGCCAGAAUUUCAGCGUGGGACAGCGACAGUUGGUGUGUCUGGCGCGCACCUUGCUCCACAAGACAAAGAUACUGAUCCUCGACGAGGCGACGGCGGCCGUAGACGUGGAGACGGACGAACUGAUUCAGAAAACCAUCAAGACGGAGUUCCGGGAGUGUACCGUGCUGUCUAUAGCUCACAGGCUCAAUACAGUCAUGGAUUACGACAGGAUAAUGGUCAUGGACAAAGGUCUGAUCGUAGAAUUUGAUUCUCCACAAAAACUGUUAGACGAUAAAUCUGGCGUCUUUUACUCCAUGGCAAAGGACGCUAACCUGGUCAGCUAACACGCCGUGUUCCCGGCUCUCUCAUUGUUUGCUUAGUCUUACAUACUUAUAUACAUACACAGUAUUAUUGUAGAUUUAUAUCUUUAUUUUACAAUAAACGGAUUUUUCUAUUAA